UUUAAAAUGGCUGAAGAAAAUGACAGUUAUCCUCUCCAUCAAGCUGUUUUUAAUAAUGAUUUGAAAUCCUUAUCCCGAUUAUUGCGCAAACACGAUGUGGGAGCUAAAGACAAGCACGGCAACACCGCCUUGCAUUUGGCCGUGAUGUUGGGCCGCAAAGAAUGCGUGCAAUUGUUGUUGAAACACGACGCUCCUGUUAAGGUCAAGAAUGGGUUAGGGUGGACGGUGUUGGCAGAAGCUGUUAGUUACGGCAACAGACCCACUAUCUCGUCACUUGUACGUAAAUUUCGUCAACAGUCGAGAGAGCAGAUGGAGGAAAGGCGCCCGAAUUUGGUCGAAGCCUUGAAUAGGAUUAAUGAUUUUUACAUGGAACUCAAAUGGGACUUUCAAUCCUGGGUGCCACUUGUGUCGCGUAUUUUACCGUCCGAUAUUUGUAAAAUCUACAAAAGUGGGGCUAAUAUCAGACUGGACACCACAUUAGUCGAUUUCUCUGACAUGAGAUGGGAACGUGGUGAUAUUUCAUUUAUUUUCAAUGGUAACGCUGAACCUAAUGAAAGUCUCACCGUCCUUGAUAACAUAUUAAAAGUCUAUCAAAAAGUUCGUUACGAAGAGAGCGAAAUGGAGAUUGAAGAUGAGGUUGAUUUAUUAAUGUCGACGGAUAUUUUAGCCGCUCAAGUCUCUACGAAAAGUAUUUCGUUUGCGCGUGCGCAAAGUGGUUGGAUUUUCAGAGAAGAUAAAAAAGAAUUAGUUGCGGGGCAAUACGAAAGUGAAUUAUAUACAGUUAAUGGUCUCAUGUUAGAGAGUCGAAAAAGAAGAGAACAUUUGUCUUCUGAUGAUUUACAAAAAAAUAAAGCCCUAUUAGAAAGUUUGACUAAAGGGGGCAGUUUACAAAGUUUCGAUCAAAAUGGCGUUCCGGUUCGUCGAACUAGUUUGGUCCCGCCCCCUGAGAAAAAUGUCACGUGGCAAGAAUACAUAAAUUCAGAUGUUAAUUCUUAUCCUCGUCUUGGCCGUGAUCUAGUUUACAAAGAAACAACAAAAGCGUUCAAGGCCACCAUAGCUAUGAGUUCAGAAUUUCCCCUAUCAGUGGAGAUGUUAUUGAACGUUCUUGAGGUCAUUGCUCCCUUCAAACAUUUUUCCAAACUGCGUGAUUUUAUUACGUUUAAGCUCCCUACUGGUUUUCCUGUUAAAGUAGAGAUUCCUAUCUUACCGACUGUCACUGCAAAAAUCACAUUCCAGCAGUUUGAAUUUCGGAAUAAUAUACCGAAAGAGUUGUUUGAAACACCGAAAAACUAUAAAGAGGAUCCGACUAGAUUUCCCGAUUUAUGACGUCCUGAAUUAUUAAAUUCGUUUGAAAUAACUUAUACUAAAAAACCAGUGUUUCUCCUGCCGUAUGACAGACGUUUUCUUGCUAAGGCGAAGUUUGUCGGUAAAUUAAGAAAAUCAAGGGAGCUAGCAGGGGGACAAAGCCCUACAGUGUGUGUGGAAGUACCAAUGCUGUUCACACUAGGUAGCAUCUACUCGACUAGUUGUCUAGUCUAUCUGGAAUAGAUCGGGAAAUAAAUUUCGAUUCGUUUUUUAUCAAAAAGCAGGGUAUUUGUUUUAUUCUAGGUUUUAAAACGGAAAUUUGUUGGUUUUUUUUUUAUGUUAAAUUGUUGUUAAUUGUGUAUUCAUGUUGAAUGUUUAGAAAUUAAUUGUGUUUGCUGGCACCGACAUAUCAGGAAGUGAAAAUUUUUACUUUAUUAAGUUUCAAAAACGUCAAUUACAAAACAAGACUAAUUUAACACAGGCUGACGUAUUAUAUAAGCCUACUUUAUUUAUGCUUACUAAUCAUCGUCAUUUAUUUGUAUUUAUUUAUAUUUAAUAGUAGAUAAUUGUUCCAUUUUUCGCAAUAAAAUGUUUAAUUUUAUGGA